AUGGUUCAAACUAACAAGCUUUCUAAAGAUGAUAGUGAAGCAUUGAAGGACAACACUCAGUACAGAAAGAUGGUAGGAAAACUCCUGUAUUUGACCUUCACUAGACCUGACAUCUGUUUUGCUGUGCAGCAGUUAUCUCAAUUCUUGGACAAGCCCACCAUUCUUCAUCUACAAGCAGUCCACAGAGUGCUGAUGUAUAUCAAGAGUUGUCCUGGACAAGGUCUCUUCUUUCCUACAGAUUCCAACUUAAAACUUAGUGGCUUUGCUGAUUCAGAUUGGGCAGGAUGCCCUGACACAAGGAAAUCUGUGACUGGCUUUUGUGUGUUCUUGGGAAAUGCCUUGGUGUCUUGGAAAUCCAAGAAGCAAAACACCAUAUCUAGAUCAUCCCCUGAAGCUGAGUAUAGAGCCCUUGCUCUUGCUGCUUGUGAAAUACAAUGGCUAUACUACCUUCUUGAAGUCCUUGAAGUUCAAUUAGGAGAAGCAGCCAUACUGUUCUCUGAUAGCAAAUCUGUUAUUGCUAUAGCAGAAAAUCCAGUUCUACAUGAGAGAACCAAACAUAUAGAAAUAGAUUGCCAUUUGAUAAGAGAGAAAGUUCAAAGAGGGGUCAUCAAGUUGUUGCAUGUACCUACAGAACAUCAGACAGCAGACAUCCUAACUAAACCUUUACAGCCAUUACUGUUCCACAGAUUUGUAUCCAAGCUGGGGCUCCAUUCCAUGUACACUCUAGCUUGA